AAAUUUGAGGGUUUUAUGGCUGAGAUUCUAGGACUCCACUCUCCCUGUUCCUGUCUAACUAAAAAUUUUGGAUUCUUAUAAUUAUUUUAGGAUGUGGAUGUGAUGAUCAAAUUCUUGAAUGAAUGAAUCUACAGAUCUUAGUGGAGCAGAAAUCUUCCCCAGAAGCAAAAGCUUAAGUACAAAUAUCCUAUUUUGUGUUCUGACAAUUUACCCAUGGAUGUGUCUUUGCAAUUGCAAAGACCGUUGAGAUUCAAAGAGGUGCUUAACCACAGGACUGACUGCUUCAAAAUCAGACCCUUUCUUGGUUCCUUGUCUUUUGCUAGAACUAUACAGUUUACUCCAUGGCGUUGUGAGUGUCUUCCCAGCAGAGUUUCGCUUAGAGUUACGGCUGGUGCAGCUGAUUUUUCAAAGAGGAGACAAAGAAGAUUGUCUACCCGAAGCUCUAAAAGUUCGAAGGGUUUUGGCCGGAAAACAAAAUUAGGAACAGGCAACCAGAAGAGGGAUCAAAAGGAUAAUGGUGAGAAUGAGGAUUCAAACAUUCCGACAUUGAGUGAGUCUGAAGAGUCUAACCAGACAGAAAUGGAAUCAACAGUUGCUGUUGAUGAAGAAUCAACCAUUGCACUUUAUCAAAAGAAUAAGGUAAAUGAAAGUGAAAAGGAAGAGUUAAAAGAGGAUGUACCAUCAAAGACCAAAAGCUACCUGAAUGCAGAAAACGGAAGUGCAAGGAAGGUUGUUGAAGAUGUUCUGGGGUUACAGAAGAAAGAAUUAAUUUUGGAAAAUGAUACUGUGAGUACAUCAAGAGAUGCUGCAACCUAUGAAGGAAAGCAUUUCACUGAUUACGCUAUUACUGAAGAGAAGCAUUUGGCUGGUACAGAAACUGAUGGAACUGUUACCGGAAAGGAUGAGAAAACAAUUGAAGAUGCUUCGGCAAAAUUGAAGUUGGAGAUGGAAGAAAAAUUGCGUAAACAGGAAAUUGAGCGCCUUGCUGAGGGAAACUUCUUGAAGGGGAACAAAAUUUUUGUUUAUCCUCAGACAGUAAGACCAGAUGAAGACAUAGAAGUGUUCUUUAAUAGGAGUUUCUCCACUUUAAAUGAUGAGCAAGAUAUUCUAAUCAUGGGAGCCUUCAAUGAUUGGCGAUGGAGAUCAUUCACUAUGAGGUUGAAUAAGACUUAUUUCAAAGGGGAUUGGUGGUCUUGCCAGAUUCAUGUUCCAAAGGAAGCUUACAAGAUGGAUUUUGUGUUCUUUAAUGGGCAGAAUAUCUAUGACAAUAACGACAAACAGGAUUUUUGCAUAAUUGUGGAGGGUGGAAUGGAUGUGUUUGCAUUUGAAGAUUUCUUGCUUGAAGAGAAAAGAAGGGAACUAGAGAAACUUGCAAAAGAGCAGGCAGAAAAGGAAAGGCAAGAAGAAGAGCAAAGAAGAAUAGAAGCAGAGAAGGCAGCAAGCGAAGCAGAUAGAGCACAAGCAAAGGUGGAGACUGGAAAGAGGCGAGAAAUAUUGGAACAAUUGAUGAAACAGGCUCCGAGAUCAGUUGAUAACAUUUGGUUCAUAGAACCUAACGAAUUCAAAGGGGCAGACAAGGUCAAGUUAUAUUAUAACAAAACUUCAGGCCCUCUUGCUCAUGCCAAUGAGCUUUGGAUUCAUGGAGGACAUAAUAAUUGGUGCAAUGGAUUAACAAUUGUUGAAAAGUUUCUCAGGUCAGGUAGAGAGGGUGGGGAUUGGUGGUAUGCAGAAGUUGUUGUACCUGGUCGUGCCCUUGUGUUAGACUGGGUAUUUGCUGAUGGACCACCUAAGGUUGCCACUAUAUAUGAUAACAACAACUAUCAAGACUUCCAUGCUGUUGUCCCGAAAAGCAUUCCUGAAGAGAUGUUUUGGGUUGAGGAAGAACACCAGAUAUUUAGGAAGCUUCAAGCAGAGAGGAAACUAAGAGAGGAGGCCAUACGCGCCAAGGCGGAAAAAACAGCACGUAUGAAGGCUGAAAUGAAGGAAAGAACAUUGAAGAGAUUUCUGCUUUCCCAAAAACAUAUAGUUUAUACCGAGCCUCUUGAUGUUCAUGCAGGAAGCACUGUUACAGUUUUUUACAAUCCUGCUAACACAGUUCUUAAUGGAAAACAUGAAAUAUGGUUCAGAUGUUCAUUUAACCGUUGGACUCACCGUAUGGGUCCAUUACCACCUCAGAGAAUGUUGCCUGCAGAUAAUGGUUCGCAUGUAAAAGCUACUGUCAAGGUUCCAUUGGAUGCAUAUAUGAUGGACUUUGUAUUCUCUGAGCGGGAAGAUGGUGGAAUGUUUGACAACAAAGGUGGUAUGGAUUACCAUAUACCUGUUUUUGGAGGAAUUGUGAAAGAGCCACCUAUGCACAUUGUGCAUAUUGCUGUUGAGAUGGCCCCAAUUGCAAAGGUUGGAGGCCUUGGUGAUGUUGUUACGAGUCUCUCUCGUGCUGUUCAAGAUUUAAACCACAAUGUGAACAUCAUUCUUCCAAAGUAUGACUGCUUGAACCUUAGCCAUGUGAAGGACCUACAUUACCAAAAAAGCUAUUCUUGGGGUGGCACUGAAAUUAAAGUUUGGUUUGGUAAAGUGGAAGGCCUUUCAGUUUAUUUUCUGGAGCCACAAAAUGGAUUUGUUUGGACAGGUUGUGUUUAUGGUUGCAAAAAUGAUGCAGAGAGGUUUGGCUUCUUUUGUCAUGCUGCUCUAGAAUUUCUACACCAAGGUGGACUUCAGCCUGAUAUCAUCCAUUGCCAUGACUGGUCUAGUGCCCCAGUUGCAUGGCUAUUUAAGGACCAUUACAUGCAUUAUGGUCUUAGCAAAACUCGGGUUGUCUUCACCAUACAUAACCUUGAAUUUGGAGCGCAUUUCAUCGGAAAGGCUAUGGCAUAUGCAGACAAGGCUACAACUGUAUCCCACACCUACUCAAAGGAGGUUGCUGGAAAUCCUGCAGUAGCUCCUCAUCUUCACAAGUUCCAUGGAAUAUUAAAUGGAAUUGACUUAGAUAUUUGGGAUCCGUACAAUGAUAAGUUCAUUCCUGUACCUUACACUUCAGAAAAUGUUGUUGAAGGCAAACGAGCUGCCAAGGAAGCCUUGCAGCAAAGGCUUGGUUUGAAGAAAUCUGAUCAUCCUUUGGUUGGAAUCAUUACUCGCUUAACUCACCAGAAAGGAAUCCAUCUUAUCAAGCAUGCAAUUUGGAACACCUUAAAACGCAAUGGACAGGUUGUAUUGCUUGGCUCAGCUCCUGAUCCUCGCAUCCAAAAUGAUUUUGUGAAUUUGGCCAAUCAGCUGCAUUCAUCUCAUUCGGAUCAGGCUCGCCUUUGUUUGACCUAUGAUGAACCUCUUUCUCACUUGAUAUAUGCUGGUGCCGAUUUCAUUCUAGUUCCAUCAAUUUUUGAGCCUUGUGGACUGACGCAACUGACAGCAAUGAGAUAUGGCUCCAUACCUGUUGUUCGUAAAACAGGAGGACUUUAUGAUACUGUAUUCGAUGUUGACGAUGAUAAAGCUAGAGCUGAAGCACAAGGUCUUGAACCCAACGGAUUUAACUUCGAUGGAGCUGAUGGUGCUGGAGUCGAUUAUGCCCUCAAUAGGGCUAUCUCUGCUUGGUAUGAUGGUCGGGACUGGUUUAACUCAUUGUGCAAGAGGGUGAUGGAGCAAGACUGGUCUUGGAAUCGGCCUGCGCUUGAUUAUAUGGAGCUGUACCAUGCGGCAAAGAAAUACUAAAAGCCGAUUAAGCAAAGAUGCAAAUCGUUACCAUCUCCCAUAGCCUGUACAUUGUUUACUUAUACCUUUUACUGCCAUAGUUUUAGCACUUAAAAUCAUUCCUCCAUUUUUGUGUAUCAUAAAGCAAUUGGUUCUCUUCAAAAUAAGGGAAAAAAAAAGUAAAAAAGAGAACCAAACGUGUAUCAUUCUCGAGAGCUACAAAUUCUUUUUGACUGCUGUUACUUCAUCUCUAUGAAAUGAUAAAAUAACGUGAAAAAAAAUUGUAUGAAAACACAAA